AUGGAGCAGAUGAAGAAUUCAAAGAAAAGCAGGAAGAAGGUGAAAGUUUCUAAAACAAGAAGUGCACGUAGCAAAACCAAGGAAGAAUGGCAAGAAAAGAAACAAAGAAUACAAUUAUCGCGCGUAUAUAAAGAAACUGAAAGAGAAGUAAGCUUGUUGUUGCAGCAAAGCAGUUUAAUUAGUGAAUCAAGUGACGGUGCAAGCAGAUAUAAUGACGAUGAUCAGACACCAAGCGAAAAAUUCUUUUGUGGUACAAGCAGUGAACAAGCUGAAAGUAGAGAAAGUAGAGAAGAAGAAAACAGUCAAGGUCUAACAAGUGCUGUAAAUGAGUCGAGAGACGAAAAUCUUAAUAUAGAAUGGUCUAGCUCUGAUAGAAAUAGUCAGCCCACUUUAGCUUCUAGCUUCAUACAAAUUGAUGAAGGCGAAUGGAAGGAGGUAAUUAAAGUGGAAUGCUCCAAAUUUGCUAUAACAACGGAACAGUUUAUUUACAAGCCUCAACUGGAUUUCAAUUUAUUUGCGCCAUUUUCAAAGAAACUUAGUAUAAAGAGAAACUGCAAACUUAUGCUGCAACGUUAUAAGGAAGAAGCUAACUCACGAAACAUUCGAUUGUCAGCCGAAAUAAAAAAUGCCUUAGAGAAUCCCUGCAAUUUUGAGAAAUUUUUUCGUUCCGAAACCUUGUACCGCACCUCAUGUGACUUUCAAUUCAAUCCGGUUUUCAUAGAACCUACUCGGGAUCCGAUAGAAAUACCUACUAGAAAAUUCUUUACUUUGUUCAUUCGAAGCUUAAAGUUUAACGAACAUCCCGACUUGAAGGAGGAGCAUCGCGUGGCUAAUGAUUUGGAAAUCUUACACGAACAUUGGCGUCAACGUUUAGCGGAGAAAAUCUGCGAAAGAUUAUAUGCUGACUUACAAAUUGAAAGGAAUAUUUUGCAGGAGUUGUUACGCUCAACUGCUGAUAGUGCGCUAGAUGACAAGGACAAUAAGAAAGCGCAACGCAUUGAGCAUCAUAUGGUUAAGGUUCGUGAUUUACGUGAAAAAUACUACAAUGAAGAGGCUAUAAAUAAACAAUUGUUAAGAAGCAUCUUGGACGAUUGGCUUAAGCUUAAGAAUAUACGCCAUGAGCAAGGUCAGCAAUUCACCCGUUUGAAAUUGCGUAUAAAAAUGGAAGAACUAACUGGCUCAGAGGUUAGAAGACGUCAAAAUUUAUGGCUAGAAAGAUUUGAAAUCGAUUUAAAUGAAAUUUAUCGUGAAGAGUUGGAAAAAUACUAUCAGAGUAAACGUUUGUGGCAAGAAAAGGAUGGUCAGGGAGAUUACUUUAGGAAACCUAAAAAACCGAAUGUCAAUCAAAUCUCUGAUAGACUUAAAGAAAUCUAUAUGAAAAGUUUCUCUGACCCGCAAGAACCGCGUUUAGAUGUGAUACGUACUUCAACGAAUGAGGCGAAAUUUGCUGACUUACCUGGUCCCAGAAAAUUACAAAGCUAUUUUUUGUGCUUGUUUUUCGAUAAACAAAUCGUUGGCGAAACACUUACUUAUCGCCUGGAAAGGGACCUGGGUAUAUAUAUGAAUGAGAAGAUACGUGUAGUGCUUGAUCGGCGCUUGCCUAGAGAUAUAAAAAUUAAGCUUAUUGAAAAAUCAAAAAUGAACAUCACUAAGAGCUUAGCAAAUAUUAUUGUUCCGUUGCCUUUACCCUCCGCAUUGGGUACAGAAAAUCAAUCCAUGAAUAUAAGCUUCUCUUCACACAAAUUACCCCUUUCCGGUUAUUUGCGUUUGGAUCUACAAUGCGAUGAGCAAGUAUACACUGAGGAUGUUGUUGAUAUCCUGUUCCCAAAACCUCAAGAACAUAUACAGAUUCCUAAGCAUAUUUUGAAAGAGUGGUAUGAUAAGAAGUUUUUAACGAAGGACUAUGAAACUGGAAAAGAAGCGAGCGGCAAUCAUUACUAUGAUGAGUACGAUAGUGAUCGUGAUUCACCCUCGCCAUCAGAUACUUGCACUUUCCAAGAAACUUUAUUGCAAUUCUGUGAUACGGCAGAAUUGUACAAUAAUAAACGCUGGCAAAUUCUGCAUUCACGUUACCUAAAAGAUGAUCCUCGGACAAGAGAUUUAAAAUUUGUACCCAUAUUGGAGCACGAAUUGUUUUUUGAAUGGGAGGACAACGAAGAAGUUAUAGAUCAAGGUGACUGGAUGGAUCCGGUGGAUUUGCAUAAACACGAAGCCAAAAAGUAUUUAUAUCAACUUUAUACAGCUUUGUAUAGUCAAUGUAAAAGUGUUACUCACGUAGUCGAGAGUAGCGAGAAUUUACUAUUGAAUGACGAGCCCAUGAGUUGGGGAGCUUUAUUUCAAGCCAUCAAGUCAAUAUUCCAGCCGAGACUAUGCGUUAACGUCAGUCAGAACUUUUCGAGCACUUUAAGUACGCAAACGUUAAGCAUGGAUUCACCUCAAAAUUUUAAGAUAAUCAUUAACAUUACUCGAGCCACCGGCAUACCAGUACGGGUAACUAAUAGUGGCGAAGAAAAUUAUCAUAAAAUCAAGGAUAGAAAUGGAGGCGCGAAUGAGUUCUUCAGGCAACAUCUAAAGUAUUCGAAUGUACGGCCAUUCAUAUCGGUUAGUUAUAAAGAUAAGUUAUGUCGCACUUUAGCUGCGGAAGGUUCAAAUCCCACCUGGAACGAACAGUUAACAUUAUCCAUAGAUGGCAGUUUGUCGGAACUAAAAGCUGAUAUAAAGAUUUCGUUAUUUGAUGAAGUUAUAGAAAGCCAUUAUAAUGACGAUAAUUCCGUGAAAAGUGUAGAUAUUUAUCAAAGAAUUCAAAACAAUUGGUUGGGAGAAUAUCGACUACCAAUACGCUGCUUAUUAAAACAACAAAAGCUUGACGGUAUCUUCGAGCUCACUAUACCUCAAGUUAUCGUGGGAUAUAAACGUCCUUCCUUAGGGAAUUCGAGUUCAGAGGCCAAUAUUACGAUCGAUCAAUUUCCUGAAAUUAAAGAUGCCGUAUAUCUUUGGUGCUAUUUGCGUGUAGAACCCUGCUAUGAAUUGCCGGAUAUUAAUACAAAAUGUUUAGAGUGUUCAGAGCUAACGGAAGUGGAGCAAUAUCUUCGCAAUUGGAGCAUCGAGGCUAAACGGUUGCAUACUGCCAGUUACCUAGAUCCUAUAAUAGGUACAGCAAAUGGUAAAGGUGUUUGCAUGACAAGACUUUUACAGCCUUUGCCUCCUCCACGCUGGCAAAGUAACGAUCAUUCUAUUGAAAUUACUGCCCGGUUUGUUUCUUUAUUAUCAUUGUUGAAAUUAUAUGAUCCAUGUUUGCAUUUAAAUGGUAUAUGGCUUAAUAAUGAGGUCCUUUUGGAUACCACUUGGGGUUCUGUUAAAGAUCUGGGGGUGCUACUCUGUAAUUAUUUGCUCUAUAUGGGAUUACGCUGUUGGUUGGUUUUGGGUUCAACGAACACUCAAGGAGAAUCAGCUUUCGUUUUAUAUGAAACUGAAGAGGCGGCUGAAUUAAUUUUACUGGAUCCUUAUAGUGCGAAAUCUUAUGCAGUUAAAGAAAUAUUUUGUCCUCUGCAGACCAUUAAAAUGAUUGUAUCCACUAAUAAUAUUUACUUAAAUUUACAAACACAUGCACGAGUAUCGUUGAUGAAUUUUAAUUUUAAUGAUACCUCAUGCUGGUUGCCAAUCUUUAGUAAGAAGAAUCCCGCUCCUUUGGGUGGCUUUCAAAAUAGCAAUUACACAUAUCGUCCUUCGUAUAAUACGCGCGACUUGCGUUUAAAUAUUGAACAUAAAAUUAUGAAGAAAUUCCGCAGUUGGAGAGCGAUGCGUAAAACAAUUUGGAAUCGAGCUUUCCAGCCAUAUCUCUUGGAUAUUCUACGUAAUUUGGAACAUAGUGUUUGCGCUGGUGAUAGCUCCUAUGACGAACUAAAAUAUAAUAAUAGUCUGGCUGCUGAAUUUCCCAACUAUAAGUUAUUUGGCCUCACAUUGAAUUUUUCAUAUACGAGUUUAAAUCAAAUUUCAGAGCGCAUCAAAACAACAGGAUUUCAUUUGAAUACAAGCCCUUCUGUUGAAUUCUCUGUAGCCGUGCACAUACAUGCCUACAUGAAUAAUAUUCUUUCAGUGUGGAUAUUUCUUUUGUCGAUUGUGCCUCUUCAGUAA